AUGUUGCGUUCUCCUCAAGACAAAGGUGAUGGGAAUAGACUUGGUAGGUCUUUGAUUGACAUUGAAGAUCCUUGUGAGGUGUCACAAGAUAAUAUACGUAAUCCGUAUGACAGGUCUGAAAUUUGUGCUACUUCGGUAAAAUUACCACAAUUUUGGUCUAACUGUCCUGAAGCAUGGUUCGUGCAUGCCGAGAUGCAAUUUGCUACAAAGAAACGUGACGUCCCAGAUUAUCUCUGUGGUAAAAUAAGUUUUGAAAUUCUCACCGAUCCUGUCAUAACUCCAUCCGGCAUAACAUAUGAACGAAAAGAUAUUGAGGAGCAUUUGCAACGGGUGGGUCACUUUGAUCCCGUGACUAGAGUUAAAUUAACGGAAGACCAACUUAUACCGAAUUUCUCCAUGAAAGAAGUGGUCGAUUCGUUUAUUGCUGAAAACGAAUGGGCUUUGGACUUCUGA